AUGGCCGCCAUCGAGUGGAGGAAGGACGGCCUGGACGUUCAGCUGCCGGGAGAUGGCCCCCACAUCUCAGUGCAGUUUAGGGGUGGGCCCCAGAGGUUUGAGGUGACGAGCUGGCUGCAGAUUCAGGCUGUUCGUCCCAGUGACCAGGGCACCGACCGCUGCCUGGCCCGCAAUGCGCUGGGCCAGGUGGAGGCCCCAGCCAGCUUGACUGUCCUCACACCUGACCAGCUGAUCUCCUCAGGCUUCCCCCAGCUGCCCGCCCAGCACCUGGCUCCCGAGGAAGAGGCUGAGAGUGAAGAGGGCGAGGAUUACUACUAG